AUGGGUCCCCAAGCUGGCAUGUCGAGGUCUUCAGCUGGCUCAAGUCGCUCAGUUCAAGGUCCCGGCGGCGGCCCCGGCGGCGGUGGGAGCACAAGGCGAAACAAUUCAUCUGGCGGCUCGUCAUCCGUCCCGCUAUCGCAAAUCGAAAGGAGCGUCACACAUCUACUUGUGGCCACCAAGCAACUGCUCGAAACCCUGACACAAUGGUCCCGUGGAAAUGCAACCGAUACCCAGGUCUCCGACGUCUACGUACGGCUGGGCUAUGAGUUUAAUAUGGCCUGCCGAGCCUUUACUGCCAUCAAUGUCGAUAUCGACGACUUGGGCAACGUACCCGAGAUGUUGCGCACCAUCCUGGAGGCCACUCUAAGUCAGGAAGCCAGCGCUGAAAGUCUCGAGAAAUACCUGCCAAAGAUACGUGAUAUUAUCAUAAAUCUGCUGCAUGGUUUAAAGAGAAAACAGCAAAAGCUAAGGCAUCGCCAGCAACGGGAUAGAGAGCCGAGUAUCGCAGGAGACGAUGGAGGCCAUGGUCCAAGUCGCGGACCUGGGCCCAGUAGCAGUGGCGUGCCCACCAGAACUACAAGCACUAGUACCAUGGCUAGUGUUAAUUCUGGGCUCACCAACAUGUUGAACGAAGGGCUGGAGAGCAAUGGCUACCGACCGGACUCUCUCAGGGAUGAUUCUCGGAAUUCUGGUCCCACAACGGCAUCACCCACCAGACGUUUUCCCACGCAACGGGACCAAUCUCGCGGCUCUGUCACCUCUGACCAGUCCAGCCUGUCGAGCAACACGAUGCAAAACAUACCCGUUCUGGCGCCUUACCCAGGUGAAGAGACAAUUCCAACGGGCCCACCGGCACCCCCGGAAAUCAGCGUCGACAACUUCCCUCCGCCGCCGCCGCCGCCCAAGGAAUCGGGACAGAGCGCCUUGGCGGCUCUCCAAAAAGGAGGUAAUCUGGAAAGACGAGCUUCCCGCAGAUAUGAUGCAUACCAGAUUUCCAAGUACCUUGGCACUAUGGUCCCACCCCAGACAACGCCGAUACCUGAUAGGAACCGGGGCGAUUUCAGAGAGUCGCUGCGGGCGAUGCAAUCAAGGGGAAACCCCCGCCACAGCCGCAAUAUUUCGAGCCAGUCCCAACGUACCAUUGGCCUCGAUUCCUCUCCCGUUCGAGUUCCCAGCCGGGUUCCUGAAGAGCCUGAAACCGCCGAUUCGUAUACAUUCAGCAAGGCCGACAACUUGAAUGUCCAGGCGCCAGAUGACAAGUAUCCUACUCCAAGCGCUACUCUUAAUGGCCCGCUCGCAGAUCCUAUCCCGAUGGUGGAUGAGGUAGACUCGUCUAAGCCCGCUGCUACGAGGCCUGCUCCUGCGCCUGCCGCUCCUCAGCAUCAACACAAGCCGUCCAUUCGCGCCCCGACGCCCGAUAAACAACCGCCUAGCUCGUUUAUGCUUGAGAACUCGCCCCCCGCAACCAAGGAACUGACCCUCUUCCUGCAGUACAAGUCCAAGGUCAAGAAGUUCGUGCUCCCUGAGGGCUACGAUGAUCUGUCUAUCGCUCGUCUUCAACUGGCUUUUAUCGAGAAGUUCUCGUGGAACACACAGCAGAAUGGAGCGGAUCUACCGGAAAUUUACAUUCAAGACCCCGUCUCCGGUGUCCGCCAUGAGCUCGAGGAUCUGUCAGAUAUCAAGGACCGUACAGUACUUGUGUUGAAUGUAGAGGCUUUGGAUGAAGUCAAGAAGCAUAUUGACAAGAGCAUUGGGUCCCUCAAGACCAUCAUCCAGCAGGUUAAACAAAAUGUCGACGAUCAAAACGCCACCAUUCAACGUGUGUCGGAGCGCCAACAGGAGACCGCCAAGGAUCUCGCUCGCAUUGCCGCCACGCCACCUCCCACUAUCAUCGCACCGAGUGGUAUGGACUCGAUGGCUUCGCCACGUUCUUCGUCUUCCUCUGUCGCGGGUGCUGCUGCCCUUGCUGGUCCCUCGUCCAAGAAGCUCAGCCCAAGCCAGCUUACCGAGAUCCAAUCCCUUCGUCGCGACCUCGCCGUUCUUCGCCAGACCUACUCCAACUUCCAGUCCGAAGUCCAAGGGUCCAUGACUGCUCUUCGCAACAAGGCCAACAAUGUCAAGACCGCCGCCGCCAAGUUGUCCGUUCCCGAUGGGGAAGGCGACUCGGGUCGCGCUUACGUCACCAAGGGUCGUAAACUGCUCAAUGCCGAUAGUGACUGGCUUGUCAACAAGGUAGACGACCUGCAAGAUCUCAUUGAGGACCUCCGCAAGGACGUUGUCCACCGCGGCGUCCGCCCACGCCCCAACCAGCUCGAGUCCGUCACCAAGGACAUCACCACGCUCACCAAGGAGCUCAAGAAGAUGGAAGAGUUUAUGAAGAAGGAGAAACCCAUCUGGACCAAGAUCUGGGAAAAGGAGCUCGAAGAGGUCUGCCAAGGUCGCGACGAGUUGCGCCUCAUGGAAGAUCUGAUGAUCGACUUGCGCGACGACUUGGAGAAGGCCAGCGAAACCUUUGCGCUUGUCGAGCAGGCAACCAAGGAGCAGAUGAAAGAGGGCGGACAGGGCAAUACGGUUAACGGCUCGGUGUCCAACGGCCCCACGCCCUUUGGCGCCUUUAGUCGCGGGCUGAAGAGCAUCUCGGAGAAGGUGACGCAUGCGGAUCCUAGCGAGGCCAAGGAGGGCGUUCUGGGCGAGGUGCGCGCCUUGCAGCCGAAUCAUCAGAGCCGAUUGGAGGCGAUUGAGAGGGCGGAGAAGCUGAGGCAGAAGGAGUUGCAGACCAGGAUGGUCAACCCGCUUACGAAGGAGCUGGCCUCUUUUGUGGAGGAGGGGAAGCUGAAGAAGAGUGGUGGUGUCGAGGAGGUGGAGAGGGCGCGGAAGGCCAAGGAUGAUAGGAUCAGACGGGAGGUUUGGGAGCGCAUGAAUGGCCUUAUUGCGGAGAAUGAUGAUGGUGAGGACGAGGAGGAUGACGAAGAAGAGGAGGAGGAAGAGGAGGAAGAGGAGGGAGAGGAGGCGGAGGAGGAGGAGGAGGAGGAAGGAGAGGAGCAGGAAGAAGGAGAAGAGGGCGAGGAAAAAGCGAGUGGCUCUGCUAAGGAGUCUGUCGAUGGAGAGGAGGAUAAGGGGGAGGCGAAGGAGAAGAACAAGGAGAACGUCAAGGUUGAAGAGAAGUUAGAUGCGGAUGAGGGCGAGGAGGAAAGCAAGGUGAAGGCCGAAGCCGCGAAAGAGCCUGGUGCAACUCCUUGA